UCACGUUGAUUUAUAUCACGUUGAUAUAUAUGCUCUGGUUGGUUGCGAUCGAUAGAGAGUGUGUGGGUCAUGUGGCAUGUGACGUCACGUCUAGCUUUUCGUUAUAAGACGUGUUGACUGUAUUCGUUGCAGUCGUGUGAUAGAAGUCGUGUACGUUAACCUGUGUGAUCGAGAUAUGACUAUACUUUCUAUUCUUCUUAUACCCACGUUUCAUUACCACAAUGAGAUUGACUCGGAGGUUGUUAGGUGACGUUAGCAAAACGUUGAAAGUUCUUGAUUUCUUCUCCCAAUACAAUCCUUCGCCGCUGUCGAUCAAACAGUUCAUAGACUUCGGUCAGAAUGCGUGUGAGAGAAAGUCGUUUCUGUUUCUGCGCAAGGAGUUGCCCGUGCGGCUAGCCAACAUCAUGAAAGAAAUCAGCCUUCUACCAGAGAACCUGCAGCACAUGCCAUCUGUAGAGAUGGUGCAGAGCUGGUAUGUUCAGAGCUUUGCCGAUCUUGUCACAUUCGUAAAAGUGGAAGGUGACAAUGAGGAUGACUUGAAUCGGUUUUGUGAAACGCUAGACAGGGUGAAGGAUCGGCACAGGAGCGUAGUAGAAACCAUGGCUCAGGGCGUUAUGGAGAUGCGGGAUAGUCAUGGCUUUGAUAACACGACAGAGAACAGCAUCCAGUAUUUUCUGGAUCGCCUCUACAUGAGUCGCAUAGGAAUCCGGAUGCUCAUCAACCAACAUAGUCUAUUAUUUGGCAAGAACAUUGUAAGCCCAAGCAAGCACAUUGGCAGUAUAGACCCUAGUUGUAAUGUAGUUGGAGUUUUAAAAGAUGCAUAUGACAAUGCAAGGUUUCUCUGUGACCAGUACUAUAUGGAUUCACCUGAUCUGGAAAUUAACAUGAACAAUGGAAGCACCCUUCCACAAGUCAUUGAAAUGUGCUACGUCCCAUCGCAUUUGUAUCACAUCCUGUUUGAGCUUUUCAAAAACUCUAUGAGAGCUGUAAUGGAGUGCCAUGUCGAUGCUGAGAAUCAUCCCAGCAUCAAGGCCACUGUCUGUCUUGGCACAGAAGAUGUCACUAUUAAGAUAUCAGAUGCUGGUGGUGGAAUUCCCAGGAGUCGGACAGACCUCCUCUUCCAGUACCUAUACUCAACCGCUCCACGACCAGAUAGCUCAGAUGUCAAUGUGUCAGCACCGCUGGCUGGCUAUGGAUAUGGACUACCGCUGUCACGCCUCUAUGCUCGCUACUUUCAAGGUGAUCUACAGCUGUACAGUUCGGAGGGCUAUGGAUCGGAUGCCAUGGUCUACCUAAAGGCGCUGUCGAGUGAAGCCAAUGAGCUGCUCCCCGUAUUCAACAAGACGACAACAAAGUUUUACAAGCAGGGCAUCACGAUGUCGGACUGGACCUCAUCGCAGUCUGUCUACUCGAACGGUAACGCUCGCGGCUUCAGCGCGCAGGCGGUGCGCUCGUACCGCACCGGCCCGUGUCGACAGCACUGUUUGACUGCAGGCGCCGCACUCGUCUGAGCACGGGCUGGAACUCGCCUGAUGGAUCCCCUGGCUGGACAUGCUCCAUGCGGCCCUGCACUUCAAGGGCUCUUGCUGCAUUUACGCAUUUGCGAUAUAUGGUCUUACACGGUAUACUAGAAGGCAGUAGAAGCUCGAAGGCAAAUUAAAGCAAGCCCUCUGCGUCACAUGUUCUCCCCAUAGCGUAGUUUAUUAUAAGGACCAGUCAUAUCAGUGUGUGUGUGUGUGUGUUAUGUGGAGUAUGUGAAUGUAGUGACUUAUAAAGCACACAUUUAAUAGUUAGAAACUAAGAAGCCUACUUAAUGGCUCGGAAGCUUUUCCAUGUGUAGAUGGGGAAUAUUGUCGUGUGACUUAUUAUCAUGGUGAUAAGACUUACCUUGUAACAGUGUUAUAUAGGCUCUGUAAUUAGCUGGCUUCUUUGCGACCCGAUGCUAAAAUUGAAAUACAUGUGAGACAGGAGUAGAUAAUAGGGAAGGAGUGUGACUUCAAUAAACAAGGGAAAUUCGUCAUUUACUAGCCUUAGAAUAC